AUGCCCCCUCACCCCCUCGAGCUCCCUUCCACUCUCUCCCCGGACGCCCUCGACACCCUCACCGAGCUGACAGGCAUCCUCACUCGGUUGCGCACCGCGAUCCAGAACUCCGGCUCCGUCGGCGGCAUCACUGGCGCCACGCCCGCUGGUACCGGCCCUGGCGCGACCCCGAACCCGCUCGGCGCCAGCCCCAACGCCCCUCUGUCCCUCAAGGAUGUGCCCGCCCAGACCGACGCGCUGAAGCACAAGCUCCAGCGGGCCCGCACGCAGAUGCGCCAGCUCCCAGAUAUGGAUCGCUCCAUCGACGAGCAGGAGGAAGAGAUAAAGCAGCUCGAGGAGCGCAUCAAGAUGCAGCGCGAGGUGCUGGACCGGUUGAGGGACGCGGGUGUCAAGUUUGGUCACGAGGAGGGUGGAACGGGCGAUAAGAUGGAGACGGAAUGA